GAUGAAUUUCACCUUGGCUUCCUUUAACCCUCGAUUAUGUCUCGUCCAGGUGUUAUACGAGUUCGACUAGGCCUGUGUCUCAUACCUGGCUUGAUGGACUGACUGACGUGUUCUUUCGCCUCUCGGCAUUCCACCCUACAUCUGCUGAAGACGGCACUCGAAGUUCCUGCAAAUACCUCAUUGAUUGUCACCAACUCCAGAAAACUGCACCAUUGUAUCAUUCAGGCAGAUCUUACCUCCACUGAUCCUCCUGUUUUGACAGAAUAUCGCGGCUUGAUCCUGGCCAACCGACAUAAAAGCCCUGAUCAGCGUCUGAGACCAUGCGAGCGCAAUGGCUUCGUCCAAACUUCAUGAUAUUCUGGGUCCUCCAAUGGAGGAUGCAUCAGAAGGUAGUAGCAUUUUGCCCUUCUGGCUGACUGGCAGGGUUUCGUGCUGUCUGACCUUUCGUUUCAGAGACUUUUGAAUUGUUCAGUCAAGAAAUCCCAAGUAACAAUCUGGGGUUCAUCGAUUCCAGACAGGACACUAUUCAGGUCGAAGUCGCUGGCCAUGAGUAUGAACUACAACAAUCCCCAGGACUCUUGAAUUCCAACCGGAAAGAAGGUACUACAGGAGCAGUCUUGUGGAAAGUCACGCCUCUGUUAGCUGCGUGGCUGGCCUCUUUUCCAUCAGUAUUGGCUGAUCUCAAUGUACUACAUGCUAAUGCUACUGUGGUUGAAUUGGGUUGCGGGCUGGCUGGCCUCGUAGGCCUGGUCCUCUCUCGUCUCGUCAAGUGUUAUGUGCUCACUGACCAGGAGUAUGUGAUGAAGUAUCUGAAGGAGAACAUAUCAGCCAAUUCAAGUACGAAUGAGCCUCGAUCGAGAUCUACAAAGAAACGCAGCAGCUCAAGGGUACCCAUUCUGACUUCAUCUCUCAAAACCAUGGCACUCGACUGGGAGACUGAUCGGGCUGAAAAUCUCCUCUCGGUCAUCUCGUCUGAGGACUCCAUUGAUCUGGUGAUUCUCUGCGAUUGUGUCUACAACGACUUUCUUGUCAAACCCUUGGUCCAGAUGGUAACGGACAUCUGUUAUCUGGGAGCAUCCACGCCAAAGUCGACAGUCGUAUUGAUAGCUCAACAGCUUCGAUCAGAUUCGAUCUUCGAGCUCUUUCUGGACAGCCUGAUGCAAGAGUUCUAUGUAUGGAGAAUGCCUGAUGAGAAAAUCUCCCCCAACCUCCGCUCAACCUCGGGAUACGUUGUUCAUCUCGCGAUGCUGAAGUUAGCAGCCACGAUGUAGAAGAUAGAAUGGAAUGAUAUAGAAGAGAAAGG